GCAGCCCAUGAAACAUGGUAGGAUUGCGUUAUAAUGUGUCAAUCCUCUAAUCACACAACGCAAUGAAGCUGUUUUUUCUCCUUCUCAUAUUCGUUUCUUUUUUUAUGUUAGCAACGGUAUUCCCACCUCAUCAACAUAUUCAAAAAUCCAUGCUCAUUGAGACCAUCUGAUGAAUGGUCCUUUGCUGCCACAACCACAAACCAUGGUGAUCCAAUUUCCCCAACCAUGCCAUCCUCACCUUCUUUUCAUCUCUUUCCACAAAAGAAGAAUCUCACUCAACUCCUACAAUCCCGUCGCACAACCACCAAACAACUCCAACAAAUCCAUGCCCAACUCCUCCUCCAAUACCCAUCCCCUCCACUGCACCUCUUCAACUCCAUGAUCUUGGCCUAUGCCUCCUCUCUCUUCCCCUGCCAUGCCUUAGCCUUCUUCGCCACGCACAUCCAUCGUCCAUUUCUCAAUAUGUUCACCUUGCAUUUCCUUCUCAAGGCCUGCUCCAAAUCCAAGUCCGUUACUCACACCACCCAACUUCACUCCAUCUCCUUCAAGCUUGGCUUUCAUAGCUACACGACUCUCCAGAAUGGCCUUCUCCAUGCCUAUUGCACUUGUGGCCAGUUGGCCGAUGCCCGCCGCCUUUUUGAUGAAAUGAUUCACCGCGAUACUGUUUCAUUCAAUUCGAUGAUUCAUGGCUAUGCCGAGUUGGGUGAUAUGAGCUCUGCGUCCUGGCUAUUCGAACAAGUGCCGGUCCGAAGUCCUGUCUCGUGGACUUCGAUGAUCACCGGGUUUGCUUACACUGGCGACGUGGUGUUGGCUAGAAGUUUCUUUGAUGAGAUGCCCGAGAGGGAUUUAAUUUCGUGGAAUGCGAUGAUCUCAGGUUAUGUGCAGAACAGGAAACCUCUCAUGGCCUUGGAUUUGUUUUGUCAGAUGAUGUCUGAAAAUUUGAAGCCAAACAGGGUGACUGUUGUUAGUGUUCUUUCGGCUUGUUCGAGUGCAGGAGCUUUGGACACUGGGAAGUGGAUCCAUGUUUAUAUAAAUAAGAGCAAGUUUCACUUGGACCCAUUUCUGGGUUCGGCUCUCGUUGACAUGUACUCCAAAUGUGGGGCUGUCGAGUUUGCUUCGGAUGUUUUUGAGAGCUUGACGGAGAAGAACACAUGUACUUGGAAUGCAAUGAUCAAUGGUUUGGCUAUGAAUGGCCAAGCCGAGAAAGCUUUGGAUGUGUUUAGCCAAAUGCAGCUUGAUCGGAGAGUUUUACCUGAUGAAGUUACCUUUGUGGGUGUCCUCUUGGCUUGCAGCCAUGGUGGGUUUGUGGAGGAAGGUAGGAAGCAUUUCUACUCCAUGACAAGGAAGUAUGGAGUAAGACUAGUAGUGGAACAUUAUGCCUGUAUGGUUGAUCUUCUCGGGCGGUGUGGGUUUUUACAGGAAGCAGAAGAGAUCAUAAGAAAUAUGUCAAUUAAGCCAGACGUUGUGAUUUGGAGGGCUUUACUCGGAGGAUGUAGGAUUCACAAGGAUGUUGAAUUAGCCGAAAGAGUUGUUUUGGAGAUGGAGACACAUGGAAGUGGUGAUUAUGUGCUGCUAUCAAAUCUUUAUGCUUCAGUUGGGAAAUGGGAAGAUGUAGAGAAGGUCAGGAGGAUCAUGAAGGACAAGGGGAUUGAGAAAACACCUGGCUGCAGUUCGAUCGAGAUCAAUAACACGAUCCAUGAAUUCAUUUCAGGUGACAAAUCUCACCAAAGAUACAAAGAGAUCUAUGCCAAGCUGGAAGAGCUGGGGACAAGAAUGAGCCAGGAAGGAUAUAUUGCAGGGACAGCAGAGGUUUUGUAUGACAUAGAUGAGGAAGAGAAGGAACGGGCACUCGGGCAUCAUAGUGAGAAGCUGGCCAUCAGUUUUGGUCUCAUCAGUACUUCUCCUGGGACUACUCUUAGGAUCGUGAAGAAUCUCCGGUUUUGUAGCGAUUGCCACAAUGCCACCAAGCUGAUAUCUAAGAUCUGCAAUCGAGAAAUUGUGGUUCGCGAUCGAGUCAGGUUCCACCAUUUCAAAGAUGGGAUAUGUUCUUGCAAUGAUUUUUGGUAGGAGAUGCAAUAAAAUAUUCCUGAUUAAAUUCAUAAAGGUUUUUUUUAAUACUGUGCAUCAUCAAUGGAUUGAUGGUCACUGUAUCAUCACAACUUUUCUGAAAUACUGUAUAUGUACUGUAUGUCGAGCAUUU